CCUAUUCUUCCUUCCUUCCUCGUCUUGCCUCCUUUUCCUGCGCGCAGAUCGAUCGCCGCUCGCCGAAGCUCCGAGUCAGUCAACAAUUUCGCCUCUCCGCCCAACCACAAGGAAACCCAGCGCGAGCCAUGACGGGGACCGGCGGCGGCGACGAGCACUACUCGCGGCUGAUCCGCGAGCUCUGCGCGCUGCUGCUCACGGUCGUCCCCCCCUCGCCCGCGCCGGCGCCGGGGCGGAUGUCGCCGGCCGCGGCGGCGUCCAUGCUCCUCGGCGCGUCGGUGGCGCUCAUGCUCUGCGGGUCCGUCACGUUCGCCAUCGGCCUCCUCCUCAUGCCCUGGGUCGCCGGCCUCGCGCUGCUCUUCGGCUUCGCCGGCGCCGUCUCCAACCUCUCCUCGGGGUUCUUCGGCAAGCCCGCCGCGCUGCCCUGCAAGGACGCGGCGAGGGGGCGGAUCUGCUCCCCGAUCGACUCCGAUUUGCUCGUAGCGUAGCUCAAUCAGCAGCAGCAGCGUAGAUUUGAUCUCUUUCUUCCUGAAUUACUAGGAGCCGGACAGAGGCAGAGCUGAUGAUCCCUGUAAAAAUGCGCCCUUUUGUUGUAUGCUCUCACAAGUCAAUUCCCCGAGAGUUGUUUGCUUGUGGAUUAAAGGAAACGUCACGAGAAUUAAGUGUUUGUUUAACACUCCCAUGUUUUGAU